UGUAAGUAUGAGAAUCUGGUGGCUCCUGCUGACUGUGGGAGUCUGCACUAGGAACAUGUACUCCCAGGACACAUGCCGACAAGGGCUCUCUGGCAUCCCUGGGAAUCCAGGUCACAAUGGCUUGCCGGGAAGAGAUGGACGAGAUGGUGCCAAGGGUGACAAAGGAGACACAGGAGAACCAGGACGUCCUGGGGGCCCAGGGAAGGACGGAAUGAGUGGAGAGAAAGGCGAACCAGGAGCAGCCGGAAGAGUUGAAGCAAAAGGCAUCAAAGGUGACCCAGGCUCCAGAGGAUCCCCAGGGAAACAUGGUCCAAAGGGAUCCAUUGGUCCCCCAGGAGAGCAAGGGUUCCCAGGAGAGACUGGCCCUCAGGGGCAGAAGGGGGAUAAAGGUGAUGUGGGUCCCACAGGUCCAGAAGGACUAAUGGGCAGUGCUGGACCUUUGGGUCCCAAGGGCUUACCUGGCCCAGCAGGCCCCAUUGGCAAGCCGGGUCCCAAAGGAGAAGCUGGACCCAUGGGCCCCCAGGGCGAGCCAGGAGUCAGAGGAAUAAGAGGCUGGAAAGGCGAUCGAGGAGAGAAAGGGAAAAUUGGCGAGACUCCCAUCUUGCCCAAGAGUGCUUUCACUGUGGGGCUCACAGUGCUGAGCAAGUUUCCACCUCCAGAUGUACCCAUUAAAUUUGAUAAGAUCCUGUACAAUGAACUGAACCAUUACAACAUAGCGACGGGGAAAUUCACCUGCCACGUGGCCGGCGUCUACUACUUCACCUACCACAUCACUGUUUUCUCCAGAAACGUGCAGCUAUCUUUGGUCAAAAAUGGAGUAAAAGUCCUGCAUACCAAGGAUGGUUACAUGAGCUCUGAGGACCAGGCCUCUGGUGGCAUCGUGCUGGAGCUGAAGCUUGGGGACGAGGUGUGGAUGCAGGUGACAGGAGGAGAGAGGUUCAAUGGCUUGUUCGCAGAUGAGGACGAUGACAGCACGUUCACAGGCUUUCUUCUGUUCAGCAGUUCAUGAGGCAGAGGACUCUGAAUGUGGGCCUUGUAGGCACAGCGGAAAAUCCACUCCUGAAAUUUGUUUCAUGUGACUUAGAAUCUUUUAAAGAAUAAAAUUAUAAACAGUU